CUGCGGCUAGCCUCCAAAACCAAGUGUUGUCAAUGUUAGCAGCAUGCAUUUCACUAGAGUUUUGCACUUUUACAAAAGAUAUUCAAAAGUCCCUGGUCAGCUAUAUGCAGGAAAGAACAAAAUACAUCCGCACAUAACAACACCCCAGAAGAGAGCAAUUUUGAGAUGUCUUUUGAUGGAACAGGAAAACUUAGAAAUAUUAAGCAGACCGUGUAUAACUAAGGAACAAUCCUCAGGUCACAUGAAGGCAAUGUAUGAUUUCCCGACACCAAACUUCAGGAAGAUGCGUGCAGGCAACAUGCCUCCACAUAUGUUGUUUACGGACCAACUUGAACACUUAAAUGUAUCUAAGAAAUGGAAGUGAUACUAUUACUUUAUUUGUAAUAUUUAAAACUUUAUAGUGCUUGAAGAGAUUUUGAUCUGCAAUCAAAGUGUUUGACAUGUGCAUAUAUAACAACAAAAACUCUUCCACCAAGUUCCAGUGUUUGUGUUAACCUAGCAUAAUAAGCUGUUGAUGUGGAUCAUUAUUUUUGACAGAAUGUUACACUAAAAAAGAAAUGGGUGUAUACAAAGGUGUGAAAUGAACUUAUAUCACUUGGAUCGUAGAUUUUGAAAAUGAAAAAGAUGGUGGGUUUUUUAAGUCUUUUGGGGGGGGGGGGG